AUGGAUACCAGGUUUGGAUGUCAGGCAAAGUACAAGCAUGCCAGAGAAGAUAGAAAGAAGCUCCUCACCUCUGCACACAAGUACAUGAUCGAUACCCUGGCAAACAGACUGUGUUUGGAUCCAACAGCAGUAGAGGAAUUUAUUUUAGAUUCUACAUCUCUGGCUGCUUUUGAUGAUUUCUUCGCUGAAGGAGGUUGUAAAAUAAUUAUCUUUGUGUAUCAACAGUUCAAAGUCCCAGGAAUAGAAUGUGGACGCGUAUACCCUGGGACUACCAGAGGUGGAAAAGUAUUAAGGCUGUUUUUAGCCGAUUUGUCUCAGAUAUGCCUGACUGGUGUUUGCUGCUACUUCACAAGGACUAGAGUGGACGUUCCUGUGAAUUUAGAGAGCAUACACGAGAAGCGCAAUGAGAGUGUUGUUCACCUGGAAACAGUAACAGAUAUUGACUUCUCGAAAUUGGCCUCCUUUGAUGACAUGAAAGAUGCAGCUGCUGACACUGACCUGGUGGAACGCCUGGAGGGAAUUUUAAAGCCAUGGUAUAAGCAAAUUGAGCAGAUACUGAUAGAAAGUGAUUCACAGAGGAAAGUAGCUGAUGCUGAAGGACCACUGGCUGAGUUGGAACACUGGAAAAAAAUGUCUAUAAAGUUCAACUCCAUCAUCAAUCACAUCAGAGGCCAUCAGUGUAGGCCAAUGGUACUCGUGCUCCAUCUCAGCGAUUCUGAGAUCAUGGAGAUGUGGCAGGAGAUUUAUGCCAAGAUAGUAGAGCGCACCAAUGAGGCAAAAGACAACGUUAAAUUCCUGAGCUCGCUGGAGACCGUCUGUCAACCUCUGUACCAUGCUGACCCGGUCGCCAUGAGGACAAACGUGCAGAAAAUCAUUGAUGCCAUUCAGAGGAUCUACAAUGAUUCCCUGUACUUCAAUACAGACGACAAGAUAUCUGAACUGUAUUUGAAGGUCACACACCAGAUGGUUACAUCAUGCAGAUCAUAUAUUACUGAGAAUGGCAAACAUCAAAUAUGGGACCAAGAUGCUGAAGACAUCCUCAGGAAAAUGCAGAACUGUAUCAGCCUGUAUCAAGAGUAUCAGUGUCGCUUCCAGAAAAUGAAGAAACAAACGAUGGAACAGCCUGGAAAGACGUCAUUUGAUGUGUCAGAGACACUGAUUUUUGGCCACUUUCAGGGAUUUUGCAAGCAACUUGAAAAGAUUGUAGAAAUAAUUACAGUGUUCAAGAAGUUUGAACCUCUGGCAAAAUCAAAUAUUGAGGGCAUCGAGAAUCUGGCCAGACAAUUCCACACUAUCUCCAUGAACCUGAAAAGGAAGCAAUGUGAUAUGUUGAGUCCAGAGUCAGCUGAAAAGUUCAUGACUCAAAUCAGCCACUUUGAGAACCAGCUACGAACAUUCAUGAGUUCCUGCUUCUCAAACAUCAUCUCAUCUCAGAAAUCUCUGUCCCUAGUACAGAGUUUUCAGAGGCUGAACAUUCCCUGUCUUGAAGAAGAAAUAUCUAACGUCUUGGGCCUUAUUUUUGAAGUUUAUGCCCAUGAACUAGAGUUUGUGGAGAAGCACUAUGACAAACUGAAAAAUGAUCCCCCGUUAGCUGUAAAUAUGCCUCCUGUGGCUGGAAGGAUUGCUUGGGUCAGGCACCUCUACAAAAAAAUUGCUGAUCCCAUUACAUACAUACAAAAGAGCUGUGACAUCCUGUGCAGCCCUGAGGGUCAAGAUGUGAUGAAAAUAUUCAAUCAAACCGCAGCUGUAUUAACAGAGUUUGAGGUUGUUCACCAUAAAGCGUGGAUGAGUGAAGUGUCCAAUAAAGGUUCUGUCUUGAAUUGUAUGCUGCUGCUUCGUCACCCAAAGAAUGGAAAAUUCCUGAUUGGUUUAGAUCCGAAAGUAACCGAGAUCAUUCGUGAGGCCAAGUGUUUGUUGGAGAUGCAUCUUGAGGUUCCAAAAAGAGGAUUGGAUUUGGUUAAUUUGGAAAGCCAAUUAAAUGCCACUCAUCUCCGACUACAGGUGCAGGAUAUUUGUAAAAUCCACAUUGAUGAUGUCCUUAAAGACAUCUCAGAGGUCGUGGUGAUUGAACUCCCAGAAGAUCACGCAUCCUCACUGCAGUACCUAAUCAACAAUAACAAGGAGUUUAAAACGCUUUAUGAAUACUUCUCUUCAAGAGUAUUAGAUGCACUGGUCAGUACUACCAAGUUAUCCCUUGACACCUUGAGUAGGAGAUUAUUCCACAAGGCAAAUACUCACAAGGAGUCCAAUUCUGUGUCUGAGAUGGCCCCACUAAUAAAAUCUGAAGUGCAACUGGUUUUAGCUAAUGUGGUGAUGGUUCCUACUGUUGAUGAGCUCCAACAGGGCAUAAAUCAACUCAUUGAGUUGGUGUUGGAAGUAAGCAAAGGUGUUGUGUGGCAGUGGGAAUACACUGAUGAUUCCACCAAGAAAAAAGAAAAAGAAAACUUCCAUCAAGAAGUUGUGGGAAACAUGGACAUCGAAAAGGUCGUGGACAGUCUGAAAUCCAAGCUAACCGCCCUGAAAGAACAAGAGGCUGAUGUUCUGAAGCAGUUCAGUCCUUUUAGAGCGAUCUGGGAUGAGGACCGAAACCUCAAAAUCAAGGAAUUCAUGGACAGCAAUCCAUCUUUGACCCAGAUCCAAUCUGAAAUCCAGCACUACGACUCAAUUGAAAAAGAAAUUGAAGAUAUCAAGCCCAUGAAAGUUUUGGGGUGUACUGAAUUGUCAACAGAACCAUUGAAGAAGUCUUUGACAGCUGAGACCAAAGCUUGGAAGAAACUGUUGUGUAAAUACCUGAAGGAGAAGUACAAGAAGAAAAUGCUGGACACUAGAAUACAUACGAAAAAAUACCUCAAACAACUCUUGCAUCCUGUGACUAAUCUGGAAGAUGUGCGCCGUGCCAAUGCAGCCUUGUCGGAGCUUCGGGAUUCUGAAAUACAAACAGAUAUGACAUUGAUUUCUAUUGAAGAAGCCUUUGAAAUUUUAAUUAAAUAUGAACCAGAGAUGACCAAAACGGAUGUAGAGGGCGUGUCCAACCUGAGAAAUUUCUUCAACGAGCUUUCAGCUAAAGCUAGAUCAUUGCGAGAUGAACUUGUCCUUUUACAGCCCAAAUUCAAACAAAACCUUCUGGACUCUGUUGGUGAUUUCCAAAAUGAUGUUAGCAAUUAUAUUGAGCAGUAUGAUUUAGAAGGCCCCAUGGCUGAUGGAAUAGCUCCCCAAGAAGCCAGCCGCAGGCUUCAAAGCUUUAAGGCACAUUUUGAAGAUCUGUGGAAGAAUUUCAGCAUCUAUAACUCUGGAGAGCAGCUUCUUGGUUUGCCAGUAACAGAGUACGACUGUCUGGACAAGAAAAAAAAAGAGCUUGACCUACUACAGAAACUCUAUGGCCUGUAUGAUGCAGUGAUGGGCAAUAUUGGUGGGUACUACAGCAUUCUGUGGGUAAAUGUGGAUAUUGAGAAGAUCAACACAGAACUUUUGGAAUUUCAAAACAGAUGUCGAAAGCUACCUAAAGGUCUGAAGAGCUGGCAAGCCUUCCUUGACCUGAAGACCACCAUUGAUGACUUUAGUGAGUCAUGCCCUCUGCUUGAGAUGAUGGCAAACAAAUCUAUGACGAGGAGACACUGGGACCGGAUUACCGACCUGACUGGGCACCAUUUUGAGGUGGAGUCCAAGAACUUUAUGUUGCAGAACAUCAUGGAAGCACCUCUGUUGAAGUACAAGGACGACAUUGAGGACAUCUGCAUAACAGCUGUGAAGGAGAAGGAUAUCGAGGCAAAGUUAACACAAGUGAAAGAAGUGUGGUCUGGCCAGAUCCUGAGUUUAAAUACAUUUAAGGAUAGAGGAGAACUGUUGCUGAAAGCUGCAGAGACAGCAGAGAUCUUCACCAUCCUGGAGGAUAGUCUGAUGGUGCUGGGGUCACUGCUAAGCAACAGGUACAGUGCCUACUACAAAGCAGAGAUCCAGGAUUGGGUGUGCAAACUUUCAACAUCAUCUGAUGUCAUCGAACAGUGGAUUAUUGUGCAAAACCUUUGGCUCUAUUUGGAGGCUGUGUUUGUUGGGGGUGACAUCGCCAAAGACCUUCCACAGGAAGCCAAGCGUUUUCAAAACAUUGACAAGUCCUGGAUCACAGUCAUGCAGCGAGCCCAGAAAGUCCAUAAUGUGGUGGAGUGCUGUACGGGUGACCCAAUCAUGGGACAGCUGCUGCCAGAUCUCCAGAAACAGCUGGAGUUUUGUCAAAAAUCUCUUUCAGGGUACCUUGAGAAAAAGAGGCUCCUGUUCCCACGGUUCUUCUUUGUGUCUGAUCCAUCCCUCUUGGAAAUACUUGGACAAGCCAGUGAUUCUCACACAAUCCAGUCACAUCUACUUGGAGUGUUUGACAAUGUCAAUGAAGUGGAGUUUCAUGCAACAGAGUAUGACAAGAUCCUGUCUGUCCUUUCACAAGAGGGAGAGAAGUUACCGCUGGACAGUCCUGUAAUAGCACAGGGACCAGUGGAGCUUUGGAUUGGGGAGCUGUUGUUACAGCAACAGGCUUCUUUACACACUGUGAUCAAAGCUUCAGAUCUAGAAAUCAACGAUGAAGACUUUGACCUCCUCUCUUUUCUUGACACGUUCCAAGCUCAGGUUGGCUUGUUGGGGAUCCAAAUGCUUUGGACCAGAGAUGCAGAAGAGGCACUACAGAAUGCUGAAGAUGACAAGGAGAUCAUGCCUUACACCAAAAAGAAGUUCCUAAAUCUACUCACAACCCUAAUUAAACAAACGACCCAUGAUCUGAGCAAGUUUGACCGGGUCAAAUAUGAGACACUUGUCACAAUCCAUGUGCACCAAAGUGAUAUAUUUAAUGACCUAGUAAAAAAGCGUGUAAAAUCUAUCGGUGACUUUGAAUGGCUGAAGCAGAGCAGAUUUUACUUCAAGUACGACCUGGAUAAGGUCCUUGUGUCUAUAACUAAUGUCGACUUCAUGUAUCAAAAUGAGUUCUUAGGCUGCACUGACCGUCUGGUCAUCACCCCCCUGACUGACAGAUGUUAUAUCACACUGUCCCAGGCUCUGGGCAUGAGCAUGGGUGGAGCCCCUGCAGGGCCAGCUGGCACUGGGAAAACAGAAACCACUAAAGACAUGGGUCGCUGCCUCGGCAAGUAUGUGGUUGUGUUCAACUGCUCUGACCAGAUGGACUUUAGAGGACUGGGAAGAAUCUACAAAGGUCUUGCACAGUCAGGGUCUUGGGGCUGCUUUGAUGAGUUCAACAGAAUCGACCUGCCAGUGCUUUCAGUAGCUGCUCAGCAGAUCUACAUUGUUCUGAUGGCACGCAAGAAACACAAAAGCACUUUCAUCUUUACUGAUGGAGACUGUGUGAAUCUGAAUCCAGAGUUUGGCCUGUUUAUUACCAUGAACCCUGGAUAUGCUGGUCGUCAGGAACUUCCUGAGAAUUUAAAAGUGCAGUUCAGAACCGUGUCUAUGAUGGUACCAGACAGGCAGAUCAUCAUGAGAGUAAAACUGGCCAGUUGUGGAUUCAAUGACAAUGUCAUUUUAGCCCAGAAGUUCUUUGUCCUUUAUAAACUGUGUGAAGAACAGCUUACAAAACAGGUCCACUAUGAUUUCGGCUUAAGGAACAUCCUCUCUGUGUUGCGAACACUGGGGGCCAGUAAGAGAGCACGGCCUGAUGACUCAGAGUCCAGUACUGUCAUGAGAGUGCUGCGUGACAUGAAUCUUUCUAAACUGGUUGAUGAGGAUGAGCCACUCUUCAAAAGUUUGAUCAAUGACCUGUUUCCUGGUAUCCAGCUGGAUGGUAGCACAUAUGUUGAACUUCAAGCUGCUGUUGACAAUCAAGUUAAGCUUGCCGGCCUUGUCAACCACCCACCAUGGAACCUCAAGCUGGUUCAGCUUUAUGAGACUUCACGAGUACGCCACGGCCUGAUGACUUUGGGCCCGAGUGGAGCGGGGAAGACAACGGUCAUCAACACUCUGAUGAAAGCUAUGUCUGAAUGUGUGAGCCCACAUAGGGAGAUGCGCAUGAACCCCAAAGCAAUCACUGCACCACAGAUGUUUGGUCGUCUUGACGCAGCCACCAACGAUUGGACGGAUGGGAUCUUCUCCACUCUUUGGAGGAGGACACUUAAAGCAAAGAAAGGGGAGUUCAUAUGGAUUGUACUGGAUGGCCCGGUGGACGCCAUAUGGAUUGAAAACCUCAACUCUGUGUUGGAUGAUAACAAAACACUGACCCUGGCUAAUGGUGACCGCAUAACUAUGUCUCCAUCCUGCAAGCUGGUGUUUGAGGUGCACAACAUGGAUAAUGCUUCUCCUGCUACUGUGUCCCGUGUGGGUAUGGUCUUCAUGAGCUCCUCAGCUCUCAGCUGGCGACCCAUUCUUCAGGGAUGGGCUAACAAGCGCAAUGCUGAAGAGGCAGAAAGCAUAGUAAGUUUAUAUAUGAAGAUCUUUGAGGAUGCUUACUUACACAUGAAGCGGAACCUUAAACCAAAAAUGGAUCUCUUGGAGUGCAACUAUAUAAUGCAGUCUGUGAAUUUGCUGGAGGGCCUCAUGCCAACUAAGGACAAAGGGGGUUUGGCUGGUAGCAAACACCUUGAACGCCUUUUUGUCUUCUGCUUGAUGUGGAGCCUGGGAGCCCUUUUGGAGUUAGAGGAUAGGGACAAACUGGAGGCUUACAUCCGAGCUCAUGAAAACAAAAUUGAUGUGCCUCAAACACAGCCAGGAGAGACUAUGUUUGAGUACAUGGUCAACCGAAACGGUGAAUGGUGUCAUUGGAAUAACCUGGUGGGGGAAUAUGUCUAUCCAACUGACCAUGUGCCCGACUACACCUCCAUUCUUGUGCCAAAUGUGGAUAACACAAGGACCUCUUUCCUGCUGGAGACUAUAGCCAAACAACGCAAGGCUGUACUGCUUAUUGGUGAACAAGGAACAGCCAAGACAGUAAUGAUAAAAGGCUACACCAAGAAAUAUGACCCUGAGACAGACCUGUUCAAAUCCCUGAACUUCUCCUCUGCAACAGAACCCAUUAUGUUUCAGAGAACAGUGGAAAGCUACAUUGAGAAACGAAUUGGCAGCACAUAUGGACCUCCAGGAGGACGCAGGAUGACAAUCUUUGUAGAUGACAUAAACAUGCCUAUUGUCAAUGAAUGGGGAGAUCAGAUCACCAAUGAGAUUGUACGGCAGAUGAUGGAAAUGACUGGAAUGUACAAUCUGGACAAGCCCGGAGACUUCAUCACUGUAGAAGAUGUACAGGUACUUGCUGCCAUGAUUCACCCAGGUGGUGGGAGAAAUGACAUCCCACAAAGGCUGAAAAGACAGUUUACAGUCUUCAACUGCACUCUGCCAUCCAACACAUCCAUCGAUAAGAUCUUUGGUGUAAUUGGCUGUGGAUAUUUCCAUUCCUGCAGGGAUUUUCCCCCUGAAAUAUCAGAUAUGAUAAAAUGUCUUGUGUCUACUGGGAGGAUUUUAUGGCAGCGGACAAAGGUGAAAAUGCUCCCCACACCAUGCAAGUUCCAUUACAUCUUCAAUUUGAGAGACUUGUCCAGGAUCUGGCAAGGAAUGUUAAACAUUAAGGCCAGUGAGUGUAGAGAUAUCCCUACUCUCUUGGCCCUUUUCAAGUGUGAAAGUACAAGGGUGAUUGCUGACAGGUUCAUUUGCACUGAGGACAGAGAGUGGUUUGAGAAGGCCAUUACUAGUGUGUUCCAAGAGCAUGUUGACACCAAUCAAGAGGUGCACCCAGAGCCGUACUUUGUUGACUUCCUACAAGAUGCUCCUGAGCCCACUGGAGAAGAAGAAGAUGAUGCCUGUUUUGAUGCCCCCAAAAUUUAUGAAAUUGUGCCAAGUUUUGAGUUCUUAUUGGAGAAGCUGGUGAUGUAUCAGGCCCAGCACAAUGAAGUUGUUAGAGGCUCCAGCCUGGAUCUGGUUUUCUUUAAGGAUGCCAUGACUCAUCUCGUCAAGAUCUCACGAGUCAUUCGAACUGAUAAUGGUAAUGCCCUGCUCGUGGGGGUGGGAGGAUCAGGAAAACAAAGCUUGACUCGCUUGGCAUCGUACAUAGCUGGAUACAACAUUUUCCAGAUAACACUGACCAGAACAUACAACAUAACUAAUUUCAUGGAUGACCUAAAGGUUUUGUACAAGACAGCUGGGGCCGAUGGAAAAGGAGUCACCUUCAUCUUUACAGAUAAUGAAAUAAAAGAUGAGGCCUUCCUGGAAUAUCUCAACAAUGUUCUUUCUUCUGGAGAGGUCUCAAACCUGUUUGCCAAAGAUGAGAUGCAAGAGAUCACCCAGAACCUGAUCUCUGUGAUGAAAAAGGAGUUUCCUCGUAUUCCACCUACUUUUGACAAUCUUUAUGACUACUUCAUAUCCAGAUCCAGGAAGAACUUGCACGUAGUUCUUUGCUUCUCACCAGUGGGGCAGAAGUUUCGCUCUAGAUCCCUGAAGUUUCCAGGUUUAAUUUCUGGGUGCACAAUGGACUGGUUCACUCCUUGGCCAAGUGAGGCCCUCGUGGCUGUAUCAAACAAUUUCUUGUCAGAUUUUCCAAUGGUGUGUUCUGCUGAUGUGAAAGUUUCUGUUGUGACUACCAUGGGGGCAUAUCAUGAAAAAGUAUCUGAUGCCUGUGAAAGCUACUUUGAAAGGUUCCGAAGAAGAACUCAUGUCACCCCAAAGUCCUACCUCUCUUUUGUAAAUGGUUACAAAACACUCUACUCUGAUAAGCACAACUUUAUUAACACACUAGCAGAGCGCAUGAAAGUUGGGUUGUCCAAACUUAUGGAGGCAAGUGAGUCUGUGGCUCAACUAUCCAAAGAUCUUGAAGUCAAGGAAAAAGAACUGGCUAUUGCAUCUGCCAAAGCUGACAAGGUGGUGGCAGAGGUGACAGUGAUUGCUGAAGCAGCUACUAUAGUAAAGAAUGAAGUCCAGAUUGUGAAGGAUAAAGCCCAGAAAAUUGUGGAUGGAAUUGAGAAAGAGAAAGCUUUUGCAGAGGAAAAACUGGAGGCUGCAAAGCCAGCUUUAGAGGAGGCUGAAUCUGCUCUUAAUACCAUCAAGCCUGCUGACAUUUCCACUGUGAAAAAAUUGGCCAAACCUCCACAUCUGAUUAUGAGAAUUAUGGAUUGCUGCCUGCUUUUAUUUCAAAGGAAGAUGGACACUGUCACUAUGGAUCCAGAACGACCUUGUGUUAAGCCUUCAUGGGGAGAUGCACAGAAGCUUUUUGGUUCCGCCGGUUUCUUGCUGUCCCUCCAGCAGUUCCCAAAAGAUAAAAUUAAUGAGGAAAUAGUAGAACUGCUGAGUCCUUAUUUUGGAAUGGAAGAUUACACGAUGGAAAACGCCAAGAAAGUGUGUGGUAACGUAGCUGGUCUGCUGCAAUGGACCAAGGCCAUGGCCACAUUCUUUGGGAUCAAUAAAGAAGUUCUACCACUUAUGGCUAACCUGGCCAUUCAGGAAAGCCGGUCAAGAGUGGCAAGUAAUGAGCUUGCCAAGGCCGAGGCCCUGCUGGAUGAAAAGCAAGCUGAGUUUGACAAAGUAAAGGCCAAAUGUGAUGCUGCCAUGAAGGAGAAACAAGACUUGCUUGACGACGCUGAAAUGUGUAAAAACAAAAUGCAGGCUGCAUCUGCACUUAUUGAUGGACUUAGUGGAGAAAAGGUUCGCUGGACAGAGCAAAGCAAAGAGUUUAAGUCACAGAUCAACAGACUUGUUGGUGAUGUUCUCCAGCUCACUGGCUUCCUAUCUUACUGCGGGCCAUUCAACCAGAACUUCCGCGACAUGUUAUUAAAGGACAUUUGGAAGGCGGAGCUUGUUAAACAUAAAAUCCCUUUUACAGGAGACCUCAACCUCAUUUCAGCCCUAGUAGAUCCUCCCACUGUAAGUGAGUGGAACCUUCAAGGACUCCCAGGAGAUGACUUGUCUGUACAGAACGGCAUCAUUGUCACAAAAGCAACAAGAUACCCCCUCCUCAUCGAUCCCCAGACUCAGGGAAAAGCUUGGAUUAAGGAGAAAGAAAAGGCUAAUGCAUUCCAAGUGACAUCACUCAACCACAAGUUCUUUCGCUCUCAUUUGGAAGACUGUCUUUCUAUGGGACGCCCACUUCUUAUUGAAAAUGUUGCUGAAGAGCUGGACCCCGCCCUUGACAAUGUCCUUGAGAAAAACUUUAUUAAAUCUGGGACCAGUUUUAAGGUUAAAGUUGGGGACAAAGAAGUCAAUGUGAUGGAUGGCUUCCAGCUCUAUAUAACCACCAAACUGCCUAAUCCUGCAUACUCUCCAGAAGUCAGUGCCAAGACAUCAAUUAUUGAUUUCACUGUAAACAUGAAGGGCCUGGAGAACCAGCUACUUAAUCGUGUCAUCCUUAAAGAGAAACAUGAACUAGAGGCAGAAAGAUUGAAUCUCAUUGAGGAUGUAACUGCAAAUAAGAGAAAGAUGCAGGAGUUGGAAGACAACUUGCUGUACAAACUUAGCAGCACAAAAGGUUCCUUGGUUGAUGACGACUCCAUGAUCAGCAUUCUAAGUGUAACCAAGCAAACUGCUGCUGAAGUUAGUGCCAAGCUUGAAAUUGCAGCAGAAGCAGAGUUAAAGAUCAAUAUUGCUCAAGCUGAAUAUCGUCCUGUUGCCUCUCGAGGCAGCAUCCUUUACUUCCUGAUCACAGAAAUGAGCCUGGUCAAUGUCAUGUACCAGACCUCUCUGGGUCAGUUCCUGAAAAUGUUUGACAUCUCACUGGAAAGGUCUGAGAAGUCCAUUAAAACCAAGAAGCGGAUUGCAAACAUCAUUGAAUAUCUGACCUUUGAAGUGUUCAGAUACACCGUGAGAGGACUAUACGAAAACCACAAGUUCAUCUUCACGCUCUUGCUUGCCCUAAAGAUUGACUUACAGAAUAACAAAAUAGAGCAUAACAAAUUUCAGAUUCUUAUGAAAGGUGGCGCAGCUCUUGACCUGAAGACCUGUCCCUCCAAGCCAUUCAGCUGGAUUCUGGAUAUGGUAUGGUUAAAUUUGGUGGAACUCAGCAAAUUGCCAGAGUUCAUAAAUGUCAUAAACCAGGUUUCUCAAAAUGGGAAAGCAUGGAAAGCUUGGGUUAAUCUGGACGCUCCAGAGGAAGGCGUCAUCCCCGAUGGAUACAACUCUCUAGAUGUGUUUGAAAAACUUUUGCUUAUAAGGUCUUGGUGCCCUGAUCGUACUUUGGCUCAGGCCACAAAAUAUGUAGGAGACUCCUUGGGAUUGAGGUUUGCUGAGCCGGUGCUCUUGAACCUUCACAGCACAUGGGAGGAGAGUGAUCCCCGCACUCCUCUCAUUUGCUUCCUUUCUAUGGGCUCAGAUCCAACUGAACAAAUUGAAGCACUUGCUAAGAAACUUGUGCUUGAAUGCAGAGCUAUAUCCAUGGGGCAAGGGCAAGAGGUGCAUGCAAGGAAACUGGUUCAAACGUCCAUGAGAGAGGGAGGCUGGGUCCUUCUGCAAAAUUGUCACCUGGGUCUGGAGUUUAUGGAUGAGUUGCUAGACACCAUCACAACUACAGAAUCAAUGCACAAUGCUUAUAGGGUGUGGAUCACCACAGAACCACACGAUCGAUUCUCCAUCACGCUCCUACAGUCUUCCAUCAAGUUUACCAACGAUCCACCCCAGGGAAUUCGGGCUGGCCUUAAACGAACGUUUGCAGCAAUAUCACAGAACCAAUUGGAAGUCAGUAACCUCCCUAUGUGGAAGCCUUUGCUGUACAGUGUGGCUUUCCUCCACACUGCUGUGCAGGAGCGACGUAAAUUUGGACCAUUGGGUUGGAACAUCCCAUAUGAGUUCAACUCUGCUGACUUCACCGCAAGUGUUGAAUUUGUUGAGAGACAUUUGGAUGAUUGCGGCCCAAGAAAGGAUGUGUCAUGGGUCACUGUGCGAUACAUGCUAGCCGAGGUGCAAUACGGAGGAAGGGUUACAGAUGACUAUGACAAACGGCUGCUCAAGUGUUUUGCACGCGUGUGGUUCAGUAAAAAGAUGUUUGACAAUCUGUUUUGCUUCUACACUGGCUAUAAAAUUCCAGUGUGCAAAACAGUAGAGAAGUACAUUGAAUACAUUGAGAGCCUGCCCACUGCUGAUUCCCCUCAAGCAUUGGGGCUGCAUCCUAAUGCGGAUCUCACGUAUCAGACAAACACAUCUGCUGAAGUGCUAGAAACAGUCACAAAUAUCCAGCCAAAGGAAAGUGGAGGUGGAUCAGGAGCGACUCGUGAGUCAAUUGUUUACGACUUGGCUGAAGACAUGUUGGAGAAACUGCCCCCUAAUUAUGUGCCACAUGAGGUCAAAGCCAGACUGGAUAAGAUGGGAGCGCUGAACCCAAUGAACAUCUUCUUACGUCAGGAGGUGGAUAGAAUGCAAAGAAUCAUCAGUCUGCUGCGCACUAGUUUGACUGACCUGAAGCUGGCCAUUGAUGGAACUAUUAUAAUGAGCGAGAACCUCCGUGAUGCCCUUGACAAUAUUUUUGAUGCUCGUGUGCCAAACUUGUGGAGGAAAAUCUCCUGGGAAUCAUCCACACUGGGCUUUUGGUACACUGAGCUUAUUGAGAGAAACAAGCAGUUCAACUGUUGGGUGUUUAAAGGAAGGCCAAAAACAUUCUGGAUGACAGGAUUCUUCAACCCUCAAGGUUUUCUUACCGCUAUGAGACAAGAAGUAACAAGGGCAAACAAAGGCUGGGCUCUGGACACAGUCACCUUGACCAACAAUGUACUAAAGCAAGCAAAGGAGGAGAUCACAGCCUCACCCACAGAGGGAGUUUAUGUGUACGGUCUGUACCUGGAUGGUGCUGGCUGGGACAGGAAGAACACCACACUGAUUGAGUCCUCACCCAAAGUGCUUUUCACACCUUUGCCUGUCAUCCACAUGUUUGCUGUUAACUCCACUGCCCCGCCAGAUCCCAAGCUUUAUGUCUGCCCCAUCUACAAGAAACCAAGGCGCACAGACCUCAAUUACAUCACAGCAGUAGUGUUGCCUACCGUCCAGUCACCAGACCACUGGAUCAUGCGCGGGGUUGCCUUGCUUUGUGAUGUCAAAUAA